CAAUCGUUGCGUCAUCUCGGAGACUACACCGCGACUACAUUUCCUUCGCCGACAAAAAUGGAAGAACAUAUAAUAUGAUCAGAACCUACAAUUACCCUUUCAAAUGUUCCUGCCUUAUUUUAUGGGAAACCUCCACACUAGAACGACAACAGCAUCAUGACAAUCCCCGGCAUCCCCUCCCCUGCCCUCCCUUACAACAGCACUGUGGUAGUCACAGGCUGCAGCGGCUUCAUCGGCUCGCACGUCGCCGACCAGACGCUCUCUGCGGGUUUCAAAGUCCGCGGCGUCUCGCGCGACGCACGCAAAAACCAGUGGCUGAAAGACUACUUCGAUGCCCGCCACGGCGCGGGGAAGUUCGAGUUAGUCUCCGUCCCAGACUUGGCUGCCGACAAUGCGUUUGUGGAGGUCGUUAAAGGUGCGAGCGGAUUCAUUCACGUCGCGCAUGACAUGAGUGGCGCCGGCGACCCCUGCAUUGCGAUCCCGCAAAGCGUGAAUAUGGCGCUGAGCGCGCUGAAAACCGCGGCCGCGGCGGGACUCACCCGGUUCGUGUACACAUCCUCUUCCUUCGCGGUGACGCAGCCGAAACCCAACGUGGCCUUCAGCGUGUGUGAAUCCACAUUCAACCAGGAAGCUGUCGACGCCGUGGCCGCGAAAGGCGCAGCAGCGGGCGGCGCAACAGUAUACUCGGCCUCCAAAGUCGCCGUCGAGCGUGCCAUGUCUGCUUGGAAGACCGAGUCCGGCGCGAGCAUCGUGGUCAACUGCGUGAAUCCUAACGGCAACCUGGGUCCCGUGCUGCAGCCGCAGCACCAGGGGUAUCCAACGACAGCGAGCUGGGUCAAGUCGCUCUUCGCGGGCGAGUAUGAGAAACUGAACCGCGCGCCGGAGCACUUCAUCGACGUCCGGGACGAUGCGAAAUUGCACGUCAUUGCCUUGGCGCACCCAGGGUUGCAGGGCAGGAGACUUUUGGGUCUGGUUGCGCCGGCGCCGAUUAGUCGGAUUGUCAAAAUUCUGAGGGGGGAGUUUCCGGAGCGCGGCUUUGAGGAUUUUGAGGAUGAUGGGGUGGACCGGAUUACGAAUUUGAUGAGGGAUGAGGUUGAGGGUUUGCUGAGGGAGGCGUAUGGACAUGAGUAUACGCCGUUGGAGGAGAGUGUUAGGGCGAAUGCGAGGGGGCUGGAGUAGUGUGUGAUGGGAGCCAUUGUAUUUGUGCAAGAAAAGAAUUGUGAGACGGGUAAGAGUGCCUACAUUUCUGGGGCUUGUCGCUAGUUGAGAGGCUGCGAGAGUACUUGGCUUGCCCUCAACCUGGAUUUGUGCCUCAUCUCUCAGCUCCAGCGACUCCGGAUCGCUCUCAUGCCUUGCCUUCCUCGCAGCCUUCUAUCUUGACUUCACUACGUUCUUCGCGGUUUCAUCGCGGGAGAAGAAGUCUGAGGGAUGAGUCACCGUCGCUAGACCCUCGACAUUACCCACGACGUAACGCACAAUCUGGAAGCCUCCCUCCCCUAGCGUCAUCACGACUCUCAGACUCUUUCACACACGCCGCCUUACUCAGACUUCGACUUUCCAUCCCAGGGCUCGUACUCGUUCAGAG